AGCACUCUCCAGUUUCCACUCACUUCAACUCGAAAUCUCCGCUGCUGCUACCUGCUUCUCUUCAUCUCUCCACCAAUGGCAGCCGCCUCCAACUCCAUCCUGUCUUUCAUCCACGGCUCACAGAGUCAACCCAGAAGGCAUUCCCAGUUUCUUCCAUCCCCUUCUCUUCUUUUUCCCGGAUCUCGUUCUCUCUCUCUCAAGCUCUCUCGCCGCUCCAACUCGCCCCUUCUCUGCUCUUUAGAUGCAUCCAGCAGCACAGAUAAGGAGGCCCCAAUUGAAACAAGGUUCCCAGCUUAUCCCAGUGUGAUUGACAUUAAUAAAAUUAUGGAGAUAUUACCACACAGGUUCCCAUUUUUGUUGGUGGAUAGAAUUAUAGAAUAUAAUCCGGGGGUAUCGGCUGUUGGUAUAAAGAAUGUGACAAUAAAUGAUAACUUUUUUCCUGGACACUUCCCUGAGAGGCCUAUAAUGCCUGGUGUUCUCAUGGUUGAGGCAAUGGCACAAGUUGGAGGUCUGGUUAUGCUGCAACCCGAAGUGGGAGGUUCUCGGGAAAACUUCUUUUUUGCUGGAGUUGACAAAGUAAGGUUUAGGAAACCAGUCAUUGCAGGAGAUACUUUGGUUAUGAGGAUGACACUUACCAAGCUGCAGAAGCGGUUUGGAAUCGCAAAGAUGGAAGGGAAAGCAUAUGUUGGAAGUGACUUGGUAUGCGAGGGUGAGUUCCUGAUGGCUACUGGGAGUGAUUGAUAGUCUCAGUAUUUUAUUCUGUGUUUCUACUAGUGUUCUGAAAACUCAUGAGCCAUGCUGACUCGAGGC